CUCAUUUUCAGUCUAUGGAGGUGAACAACUUUGUCUUGAGUUCUAUGAAGACGUUCAAGGUCUGUGAUUUGUAAUUUCUUUGUUGCUUGUCUUCAAAAUUUGUUCAAAAUCAAAACAUGAAGUGUCUGUGAUCUCUGUCGUCUCAUGUUUAUGCGUGUGAUUUUAGUGUAUUGAGUGUUGACAAGUCGUUUUAAGAAGUAGAAUGGAAUAUUGUAAUGCAGUUGAAAGAGAAGUGGACAAAGUAUUAUCGAAAUUCAGUGCAAUCAAAGAACAUGCCGAUCGGGUAAUGCGCGAUAUAACAAACAAUACAGAAGCACUAAAAAAUGAGUUCGACAGCGGCCCUGCCGAUCAUGAACUCACACCGACUCAAAUCCUCAUUUUGAAGCAAACUGUGAACAAAAUAAGAGACACUGUGCAGAAACUAGCCACAGAUCAUAGAGAUCUUCAUAGCACAGUAUCUAAAGUUGGAAAAGCAAUAGACAGAAACUUUGCUUCAGAUUUUGCAUCAACCAGCAGAGAAGAUGUAUUUUCUUCACCUGAAAAAGCACAGUUACUUAACCAGAUUAUUUGCCAGCAUUUCUACCGCCAAGGCAUGUUGGACAUCGCUGAUGAGUUGGCUCAGGAAGCUGGAUUGAAGAUAGAAGAUGGAGACAAGGAACCAUUUACAGAACUCAACAGAAUAUUGGACUGCCUGAAACAGCGGGACUUGGGCCCCGCUCUUCAGUGGGCGCAAGCCCAUCGGGACAGUUUGGCUGCACAGAAUUCUUCUCUUGAGUUCAAAUUGCAUAGACUUCAGUUUAUUGAUCUCAUUCAGCAUGGACCAUCAGCACAAGAUGAUGCUAUUCACUAUGCUCGCACUCAUUUCCAUCAGUUUGUCAGUCAGCAUGAAAAAGAAAUACAGACCCUAAUGGGAAUGUUCCUGUUCCUGCCACAUGGUAUCAGCACGUCUCCAUACAGCUAUUUACUGGACCCCAAUUUAUGGGUUGAGAUCUCAGAGGUUUUCACUCGCGAUGCAUGCUCUUUGCUUGGUCUCAGUGUCGACAGUCCCCUGUCAGUAUGUAUAAAUGCAGGGUGCGCUGCUCUCCCAGCUCUGCUAAACAUCAAGCAGGUGAUGCAACAGCGCCAGGUGUCUAUUUGGAAUGGCAAAGAUGAGUUGCCCAUCGAGAUAGACUUGGGUGAUGAAAAUCGUUAUCAUUCUGUGUUUGCUUGCCCAAUCUUGCGGCAGCAAAGUACAGAAGCGAAUCCCCCCAUGAGGCUAUUGUGUGGGCAUGUUAUCUCACGUGAUGCCCUCAACAAGCUCAGCAAUGUUAACAAGUUAAAGUGUCCGUACUGCCCUGUAGAACAAAGUCCUUCAGAUGCAAGACUUAUCUACUUCUGAAAGAACUACUAGCAUCAAGGAAUUUUGUAUAGUGUCCAAAAAAAAACUCUACUCAGUUUGUGUUUUGUGUGUGUUAUAUUUUGUACUAAAAGUAAUUUCAUUGGUGUAAAACAUUUUUCUAUGUACAAAGAUUUUGUGGGUACAAAAAUUGAAAUAUUUACAUGUCUGUUAGGAGUAUUAGAAUAUUCAUACGUGAAAGCCACUGAUUGGUGUUGGCAGAUCAGUGAUUGGAGUUGGAUGUGUAUUUAUAAUUUUUAUUUGAUGGCUGCAUGCCUUUUUAUCUUUAAGCAUUGGUUUUAUUGCAAAACUUUCACAUAAUUAUAAAAAAAAUAAUGUAUAGUUAUUGCAACAUAGUUUUAUUCUAGCUACUGUUCUCUUUAGUUGAACCAUUUGUUGAAACAAACUUUGUAUUUGGCAAAAAGUAUAGUAUAGGCUAGAUAUAGUUAUUAUUUUGAAGGUUUUUUGGAUGUUGUUGUAUCAUUAAUGCAACCAGUAACAAAGAACCUGCGCAGCGAGCAAUGUCUAUGUUCAAGAAGGCUCGUUCGUUUCUUGUCGCCCUAUAGUAAUUUGAAUAGCAACAAUUUUUAUAAAUUCGUGAUUUUUUUUAGUAAAUGUACAUAAUUUAUUUCCAGUAAUUCUAAUUCUUUACAUUAUAUUUUUCUAUUGCCGGUUUCUUAAUGCCUUUGUAACAAUAUAUAUUUUCAGUAUUUUUAAUUGAAAUUGAUCACAUGUAACAGUGAUACAUUGAUGUUCUCAGUUGUUCUGGUAUAAGCUCAUUUGUCUUCUGACGUAGCAACCAGAUUCCCCUAGCGUAUGUGUUUGGGUUUUUGCAUGCAGGAAGCAUACCAAACAUUGAUGGCUGAUAAAUUAUUUUUUCAGUGUGUUUUAUUUUUCUCCAUCGCUGCAUUUCAUUUCAUGCUGUUGCCCAACAAAAUCCAAUUCUAUAUUAGCGGCCUAUAACAUAAUGAGAGUGCUGCUUUUAACCAGUUUAGACCUUAUCUAUGAGAUUUACACUCUGGCAGAGGUGAUGACACAUUUAGAUCAAAUUACAGAUAUAACAUGAUAAAUGUUUUUUGACUAGCCAUAAAUACUUAACUAAUGGGGCUGUAUUAUAUAUUUCAGUUUUUUUUAUGCCUUGUUGGAAGACCACUUUGCAGUUACUUUAUCACAUUAUGAUUUUCAAAAAUGGUAAAUAAAACUGGUCAUUAUAGGUAAUAUAAUAAGGCGAAAACAAUGCUAAAUUGUGGUGUGAACAAAGUAAAAUGUUGAUAUAAAAAGAUAGAAUUGUACAAAAUUAUUGUUUUAUAGGGUAAAAGUUUACUGAAUUUUGAGCCAAAGAAUCACAAAAUAAUAUUAAAGCAGAUAAGGCACAGAAAAAACUUUCAGAUUUACUAAUAAUGUGAACAUAAUGUAAAAGAGUCUGCUCAAUAGAUUCACCUUGAAUCAGAAACCAGUUUUUAGAAUUGAGGACCAUUGAGAGGAUGUUUAGGAGCACUAUCAAAGACAUUAGAACAAGGACUGUCUACAAAACUCUUUCUAAUGCCUUUAUUUAUGAGCACCUAGUUAUACUAAAGUUUUUCAGAGCCCACUAUAAUAUCUGACAUAUUGUCUUAAACCUUCCGUGCAUAUCUGCACUUUUCUAAUUGUGACCUCAGAGGUAUUACUCAAUGAUCGCUUAACAAAAGCAUGAUUUUGUUAGGAUUGUUGCCAUCAAGUGUUUAUUUCCACAAAUGGUUUGGUAAGGUAUGGAUAGUGUUAAAUUCCUGCAAUGUAUUUUUUUGGAACUAGUGAAUAAAUGAGACAACUGUGCAACUGAACAAUAUUAUAUGUAAUAUGCCACACAUUUCAAAACAUUUGAGUGGAACAACAUGUAUGUGUCUGUGAUAGUAGGUACUAAAGCAAAAAAAAAAAAAAUGCUGUUUUUUUCCCCAGUAAAUAUGGCUCUUGUACAUAUCUGUGUAAAUUGUAAUUAAAUAAAAAUAACAUCUGUUAAUUAAUUUUAAUAA